AUGAAGAUGGGUUUCCCUGGGGAUAUCCUGCCUCCUGCCAAUCAGUGUCUGUCUGGGAAUCCUGGGGGCGCCUGGAGGCUGAGGGCCAGGGAAGCCCCCACGCCCCAGGGCUGCACCGAGAGACUAGCUCCUGACACAUUCGGAGAUCUCAGGUCCUCUCUUCUCUUCCAGCUGAAGCUAAAGUCACUUAGCUCUGUGUGUGUAUGUGUGUCUGCAUCUCAUGAGAUGCAUCCAGCCAUGCAUGCCUCUGGCUCUGAUACCAAACAGAACUGUCCCUCCAUCAUCCCCUUGAGCCCAAUAUUAGGACAAUUAAGUCUGUUCGCUGAAUUCUACUAG